CUAUAUUACCCAGAAUACAUGUAAGCGGAAACACAAAGUAAAUUUUAGUCACGUGACAACGCAUCACGUGUUCUCCCCUCUGCUGCUUUUUACUAAGUGACGAACGGCUGUGUGUCAUUCUGUGUCCGCAGGAUAAACAACAAAGACCCUGAACCAUCUUUAAACAGACAUUGGUUGAAACUAAAUGGAAAGAGUCAAACUCUUCUGACUGUCCCUGGGCUGAAGACACUGGAUUUAAAACCACAGCGCCACCUACGGGAGAACUUCCCCUUCAACUCAGACCCGCAGGCUGAGCCGCGGCCUGUGGACUCAUGGCCAUCAACGCUAAUGUGGAGGACUGGGCUGGAGUCGGGAGCAGUGACUCUGGAGAAAGAGCCAGGCUCCUGCAGAGCCCCAGUGUGGACUCUGUAGACCUCCGAGACAUGGACAGGAAAAGGACCGGGGGGGUCUCGUCAACGAGCGCCGUCUUCAUCGUAGUCAAUGCGGCAUUGGGAGCAGGACUGCUCAAUUUCCCUGCAGCCUUCAGUAUGGCAGGAGGCGUUACUGCAGGAGUGAUGCUGCAGAUGUUCAUGCUGAUCUUCAUCAUCAGUGGGCUGGUGAUUCUGGGCUAUUGUUCCCAGGCCUGUAAUGAAAGCACUUAUCAGGAAGUGGUCCGAGCCACCUGUGGGAAAGUGACCGGAAUCCUGUGUGAAGUGGCCAUUGCUGUCUACACCUUUGGAACCUGCAUUGCUUUCUUUAUUGUCAUUGGAGAUCAGCUGGAUCGCUUGAUCGCGGUCGUGACACACCCCACAGACGGCACAAUCUGGUACACGGACCGCAAGUUUACCAUCGUUGUUACUGCGAUCCUGAUUAUUCUGCCUCUGUCGUUUCCUAAGGAGAUCGGCUUUCAGAAAUAUGCAAGUGCACUGAGUGUGAUGGGAACAUGGUACGUGACAGUGGUGAUCAUCAUAAAAUACAUCUGGCCGGACAAAGAGGUGACCCCAGGGUUCGUCCCCACCAGUUCUGCCUCCUGGACGGCGGUCUUCAACGCCAUGCCCACCAUAUGCUUUGGCUUCCAGUGUCAUGUCAGCUGUGUUCCUGUGUUCAACAGCAUGAGGAGGAAGGAGAUCAAACCGUGGGGCGUGGUGGUCACCUUCAGCAUGAUCAUCUGCCUCUUCGUUUACACAGGAACAGGCAUCUGUGGCUUCCUGACCUUUGGCUCCAAUGUCAAUCAGGAUGUGCUGAUGUCAUAUCCUCCCAAUGACAUCGCUGUAGCCAUUGCCAGGGCUUUUAUCGUCAUCUGUGUCGUCACCUCCUACCCCAUCCUACACUUCUGUGGCAGGGCGGUUAUCGAGGGACUGUGGCUGCGUUUCCAGGGCGAGCAGGUGGAGGUGUGUGUGCGCCGUGAGAGGAGCAGGAGAAUUCUGCAGACCCUGAUCUGGUUCGUCGUCACCCUGGUCCUGGCCCUCUUCAUCCCAGACAUCGGACGUGUCAUCUCCCUGAUUGGAGGACUGGCCGCCUGUUUCAUCUUCAUCUUCCCAGGUUUGUGUCUGAUGCAAGCAAAACUUUCAGAGACCGACAACAGAUCUCUCAGUUGGCACGGAAUGUUAGUCUUUGGCAUCGCCAUGGUAACAAUCGGUGCUUUUAUCUUCGGUUUAACCACCACCAACUCCAUCUAUCAGGACAUUGUGAGCUAAUGUGAACAGAGCCGCUCUGCCAUGUGCUGCUGUUAUGAACCUUUGGACACAGACACGGUGGAGACGCCGCUCAUGUCUCUUAAUUUAAAGAAUUAAAAAAAAUGGAGAUGGAAAUCCAACGUCCGGCAUGUUUACGUCCACGCUGGUGUGACUGCAACUUCCUGGAAUCUCUUCACUUUGUUCAGUGACUCCAGACAUGUUGCCUUUUAUUGUUUUUAUUUGUUUUAAAUUGCACAUUUUUAUCCUUCAGUAAAUCAGGAAUUUAUUUACAGCGUAAUGUUUUAAAUGAAAAUAUUCUUUUUGUUUUGUACUUUUUUGAGAUUGUGUCGUUGAUGUCCACCUCUGAUGAUCAACUGUACUGUGGAUUAUUCCUCUGAUGAAUCUCGUUCAUGUUUCUCGUUACUGAUUUCUGGUUAAAGAAAGGCUAAAAAAAGGUUUGGGGAAAAAUAGCUGUGUAUGAAGUGUCACUAGAUGGCAGCAUUGCAGCUCAAUUAAUCAAUCUAUUUUAAUAAUCAGGGGAUUGUAUGCAGAAUGCUGGUGCCAGCAACUCAUAGAGUGGUUUGUAUCAGGCCUAUAUCAGUAUUGGUUGAUUUCAGAAUCAGAAAUUAAGUGCUAGGACAAUAUCGGACAUUCCUACUUAAUUGUCAUUUUUAAUCAUUACAGCUGGACACUUCUUCAACCAUACUAGUCGGUACUUCGUAAUUCUGGUACUCAUUAGAUGUCACUCAGAGUUAAACCUGGAACUGUCAGGUCUUACGUUUGCAUAUUAUUAUUACUUGAUCAUGUUUGUGGAAGAGAACAGCCAUAGUGGCGUUGUGCCGACACCCAAGUGUGGACAGUGUUUCAGAUGAACAAUCUCUCCACAGUCAGGAAGUAAGAACUGACUUUUAUAGGCCGGGGUUUCUGGGAGAACGAAUGUCGACAGGAUGGGAAGGAAGGAACGUGGAGAGUUUUAUGGUUUAUAAUUGUAUUGAUUGUCAUUUUAACCAAUGAGUUUUGAAUCUGACCAAAGUCUGUGUUGAUUUGACUGUGUUCGGGGGUGAAUUGUGUUUCUUUACAUAACUGCAGCAGGAUGGGCUCACCGAAGCCAAGGAAAGUGUAACUAAUGAAUAGUAAAUACCUGCACAAUUAAACAAAACACUACAGUUUAAUAAAACGCUCUCUCUGCUGUCAGUUUUAGCCAAAGUUGAGGUCCUGUGUGGAAACGUUUCGUUUGUCUUCGGUUGACAGGAUUAUCUGCAAUAAGUAUAUUUACUUACAGGAUAGGGGACAAAGGGAUUUUUAAUACAUAUAAGCUAUAGUCAAAUAUGAAGUACACAGUGAGACAGAUCAUCUGUGGAACUGGUUCAUGUUUCGUCCAAUCAUGUUUGAGUAUUCUUAAGCAUAAACUUUUUUUCAAUCACUUUUCCAUGUGUGUUUGUGGAAGGAUUGGUUUCUUCCAAAACACUAACCCUUGAACUUGGAAGUAUUGUUGGAGGCUGAAGGGUUUUUUUUUUUUUUAAUGAAUUCCUUCUUGCUCUUGUUCCUUCUUUGGUUCUGUGAAAAGGUGCUGGAGUUCCGUUCCUCAUUUGUCAAUAUUUUCUCUCUUUAUAUAAAACUGUAUGUAACUGUCAUCUCGCAGUAAUCACAGAGUGGCAGGUUGUAACCGAUAUGUUUUAGGGAAACACCCAAGAUGUCAAAGCAUGUCAGUUGUCAAUUCAUACGUUGAAAAACAACUCAAUAAAAGACACUUGACUUAUUGAAAUCA